UAAACACUUAAUUAUCGGAUUCUUUUUCCCGCUAACGGGUGAACCCGAUCCAAUCACACCCGAAUCCUCUCUCUCUCUCUCUCUCGAUCGAUCGAUCUCGAACAAGUCAUCGUUUCCUGCCUCCCGCCAAAGAUCAAAACCCUGAGAUUGAUUCAAUGAAGCCAAUGGUGAGGGAGGAGAUGAUAUAUAAUGCAGUUAAUUUUUUAUCUGAUCCAAAUGUGAGGAGCUCUUCAAUCAUUAGUAGACGUGAAUUCUUGGAGAAGAAAGGCUUGACUCAAUGUGAGAUAGAUGAAGCUUUCCGCCGUGUUCCUGAUCAUCCACAUUCAAUGAAUUCUUUGGUUGAAGUUGCCCCCAUGAAUCAAACCAAUCAGGCUGGUCCUGUUACCCCUGUUUCUUCAGCUUCAACUAAGUUGAAAACCAUGUCUUAUUGGCCACAUGCUUUGGUUGCUAUCGGUGGCCUUGCUAUUCUGGGAACCGGAACUCUUUGUUUUAAGAAUAAGGUUAUUCCUUGGUUGAAAACUUGGGCUGGAAACCCUGUUGCAGAAGAAGAUAGAGCCCAGUCUAGUCUGGUUCAAGAAGCUGCACAUGCUGCAAAAUCAGCUGCACAGGCUGCUUCUCUUGUGGCUAAUGCAAUUCAAGAGUUACAUAAUGCAAAAAUUGAAGAGAGGAUGCAGUUCAAGGCACUUAAAGAUAUGAUGUUUACACAAGUAAAGCAGAUGGAAAACAUGAGUUACAUGAUCCAAAAAUUGGAAAACAGAAUAGGCAAUGCGCAAUAUCACUCCACAAUUAGAAAUGCUAAUCCAUGGAGAAAGGUUGAAUAUUCAAGCUCAGGCAUGUCUUUUCUCUAUCCUAAGAAUGACCAGCAGCUUACAUGGAAGAGCCAUGAUUCUUCAGAGUCAUGUGAUCAGGCAAACAAAACCAUGAAGGUGAUUGAUAUUGAACCUGAACCGGAGGUUUCAAUCCCUUCUGAUAUUAUAAUGGAGAACAUGACGAGGCCAGAGCUACCAAACCCAGUUGCUGAAAUGGUGAACUCUGUCUCUAACUCCAACUCUAUUGCAUCACAUGCAUUAGAAUCAGAGCAAACAUGAGAUUGCUUUAUUGAAAUUAAUAUUUUAUUUUCUUCGGCAGCCAAAACUUGACUUUUUAUGUGAUUAUA